UCUCCGAUGGUCUCUGAACGCACCACGCAGAGUACCACGUCAUCUGAAUGCGAGUGUGUGUUUAGCUAGCACACAGCAGAGAGGAGUACCUGGGACUACAGGUGAUAACAGGUGACUACAGGUAUCCGGGUAUGACGCAGACACGGAGCCGUUGACGUCCCGGACUCUGAAGCUGACCCCUGGGUGGUUUUAAUCAGGGUUCUCCCUCACAGCGGUCCAUCAUGGACGACGUGGAGAUCACGGACGUGGACGAUGAAAAUACGCCGUAUCAGGUUCACAGAGGUCCGCUGAAGAACCAGGACCUGAGCUCCGUCAGCCUCACUGUGGGUGAGCUGCUGUCACAGUACGGAUGGCACCUGCUGGUCGUGAGCGUGCUCGUCUACCUGCUCAUCCAACACCUGAUGAAGAGGUUCAGGCAGAGGGAGCAACACGCCGAGCCGCAGACACACCAAGAUGUGGCGUCGGUGGUGAGGAAUCAGGAGGCCAUGGAAGCAGCCAGGAGGAGGAUGCAGGAGGAGCUGGACGCCAAAGCAGCCGCCUUCAGAGAGAAACAGAAACAGGUAGAGGAGGAGAAGAGGAAGCAGAAGAUUGAGAUGUGGGACAGCAUGCAGCAGGGGAAGAGUUACAAAGGAGCUCAGAGAGCUGUUCAGACGUCUGAGGAGGCCGGCCCAUCGACCACCGUGCUGAAACCAAAGACUGACAAGAAGCCUCUCCGUGGUUCAGACUAUAACCCGCUGACUGGCGAGGGCGGGGGCUCCUGUUCGUAUCGGCCGGGUCGGAGGGGGCCGUCCUCUGGAGGAUGAGGUUAGAGAGCGUCAGAGGUGUCUGACAUCCUGAUCUUAGCACCGACGGAUGAACCCAGCUUCACUAUCUACAGACGCAUUGUUAGGUUUCUUUAAUUGGCUGUUCCAAAGGCAGGGGCGGGGCUAAUUCUGUAUUUUCAGUAAAACAGGCCAAUCAUCUCCUCCUUUCUGCGUUAAUGUCUGAUUACUCAGUAAAUACUGAAGCUGUUCAUGAAGCGGCUCCUGGAAACGGUGACCAACCAGGAGGAGCGGCUGACGGCGUUCACGUCGGUGUUUGUUUGUUUUACCAGUGUGUUCCUUCAUAAACAAAUACACAAAUAAAUAAACAAAUAAACAACAGUUACUGCAGCCUCUGAUGACUACAGCAGACUCUACGUUAAAAGAUGGAUUUACAGGAUUAUUGAUCAGAUUAUGCUCCUGCUGUUUUAAACGUUUAUAUGUAAUAAAAAGACCGCUGAUCUUC